AUGGCAGCAGUCCGCGACAAUGUGUUUCCUACUCGCAUGAACCUGACGGUGACCAAGAUGCGGCUAAAGGGCGCGCAGACCGGGCACUCGCUUCUGAAGCGCAAGUCGGAGGCCCUGACGACGCGGUUCCGUGCAAUUGUGCGCAAAAUCGAGGAGGCCAAGCUCAAGAUGGGCAAGGUGCUGCAGACGGCGUCGUUCUCGCUGGCCGAAGUGGCCUACAUAGCCGGCGACAUCUCGUACCAGGUGCGCGAGAGUGCCAAGCGCGCGUCGUUCACGGUUGCGGCCAAGCAGGAGAACGUCUCGGGUGUGUUUCUGCCGGCGUUUGAGCGCGCGGGCGACGCGCAGGGCAGCGGCUUCGAGCUGACGGGGCUGGGGCGCGGCGGGCAGCAGAUCCAGAAGGCACGCGCGGUGUAUGUGAAGGCGGUGGAGACGCUGGUGGAGCUGGCGUCGCUGCAGACGGCGUUUGUGAUUCUGGACGAGGUCAUUAAGCUGACCAACCGCCGCGUCAAUGCCAUCGAGUAUGUGAUUAUUCCGCGGAUCGAGAACACGAUUGCGUACAUCAACUCGGAGCUCGACGAGCAGGACCGCGAGGAGUUCUACCGGCUCAAGAUGAUCCAGUCGAAGAAGAAGGCCCGGGCGGCCGAUGCUACGGGCGAUAGGGCCGAGCUGCAGGCGAUCCAGGACGGCGAGCUGCACGGCGCUGGCCGCAAUCUGCUGGCGGAGCAGGUGGACGACGACAUUAUCUUUUAG